GGGAACAGCUUAGAUACUGAAUGCACACCGCUGUUGCUUUUGUGUUCUCAAGAACCUAGCUGCCCAUUUCCGAGAGCAGGUGCUCAGUUAAAACUGCUCACCCCGGACAGCACAGCAAUGGCUCUUGGGCUGUAAGUCCACUGGUGAUUACCUGGUAAAGCAGCUUCCUCUUAGAAGACAAACUCGUUUUAUCCCUCUUUACCGUAACUGCUGUUUCCUCGGCAUUGCAUCUGGCUGAAGGGACUCGAAAGAGAGAUAGAGGGAGACAGAGUGGGACACUCCAGGCGCUGAGGGGAAACUGUCUUUGUGCCGACACUUCCGACUGAACGCAGAGGUGGAACGGUUCAGCAACUGGACAGCUCCCUGUGCAGCGCGGCUUUGAGAGCGUUCCUGUCUGUGUAUGUGUUCGCGUGUAUGUUUGUGUGUGAGCUGAACAGCUCCACACAACGCUCUGGUCCAUCCUCAGUGUAUCUCCCUCCAGAAGACCAGCUCCCAGAUCAUGGCCAGCGUGCAGCAAGGGGAAAAGCAGCUCUUCGAAAAGUUCUGGAAGGGGACCUUCAAGGCGGUGGCCACCCCCCGCCCAGAGAGCAUUAUUGUCGCCAGCAUCACAGCCCGGAAGACUCUGAGCAAUGGCACAUCAAGCUACCAGUCCUACAGGAACACUGAAAGGAGAAGUGAAUCAUCGAUUGCAGGUCCAGUGGUGCAGGCCCCAGGUAGAAAUGGAUGCAGCAAGAGCAAGGAAAGUAAGCAUCAAAAUCACCACAGACUGCGCAGGAGAUCCUGUGAUUCAACUCAUUCUCCGCCGCCUCCAGCCAAAAAGAAGAAAAAGAAGAAGAAAUCGGAGCGCAAGCGAAGACGGUCCCCUUCCUAUAGUCCAGCCCCAGCAAGAAAGAAGAAGAAGAAAAGCUCCAAGAAGCACAAGAGGAACAGGUCAGGACCAGCCUCCACAAAGAAACGACGGCACAGCUCAACAAGCCCCAAAAGGAAACGAAAGGACCAGAAAAGACAUCGAAGAAGGUCUCGGGUCAUACCAUCUUCACGUAAAGGCCACAGAUGCAGACGUUCUAGCUCACAGAGUUCAGCCUCCAGGUCUUCCAGCUGCUCCAGCAGAAAUGAAGGCCAUUCAGGAGCAGCGCAAAGCCUGCGAGGCAGAUCGAGAAGCAGCAACCACAGAGCUUAUCCAAAGCCCAAUACAAAACAGAGUGUCCACGCCAAAAGCCGCUCCCAGUCAGCCAAAUCACCGUGUAAAAGUCCGCGGAAUAAAAACAGCAAAUCAACCGAAAAAAUCGGAAAGAUAUGCAAGUCAGGGUCUUCUGGGCAUGCUCUUGAGAAGGAAGAAUGCAACAAGCUUGACAGUGCCCCGAGCCAGAACGGCGACUCCCAAGAUUAUGACUCGGGCAAUGACACAGCUUCACCCCCCUCGACUAAAGCCGCCUCUUCAGGAUCACAAAUGGAGGAAGAGAAAGGGCAGCCUCUUGACCGCAGUGCAGAGUUAGAGCGCCAGACAAUUUCCCCGGGCAAGCUGAAGUUUAGUGACGUGGAGCCUAGUUCAGAUUCUGGCAAUUCAGUGGCAAGCUGCUCAUCUCCGUGCAACCCUGUGCCCACGUCCCCAAGUGCAUCACCAGGUUGUCAGUUGCCCAAGCAGGACAGGAGAGAAUUACCUUCACCACAUGUGUGGCCAGUAGUCACUGAGAGCAAGAGAAGCCCUUCCCUUUCGCCUGAAGGACACCGUUCUAGAAGUGACUCCCGCAGCACCAGAGGGCGAGACAGGAGCUCCGCCAGUUCCAGCCGUUCUUCCCGUUCCCACUCCCUUGAGUACAAGUCAACCACAAAAUACUCAAGAAGCAGAUCACAUUCUUCUGCGAAAAGGUCUUCUUCACGGUCUCUGAGCUAUUCGCCAAAGUCUAGGAGGAGAAGCCCAGGAAGCAGGAGUUCCCGAUCACGACGCAGUCCCAGUUAUUCAAGAUACAGCCCACAGAGGGACCACGAGCGAGACCGGGAUCGCAAGAACUACAGUUCUCGAGACAGGGAGUCCAGGCGACGUCGUUCUCGUUCUUACUCCCCAAUGAGGAAACGGAGACGAGAUUCACCGAGUCAUCUGGAACCUCGACGGAUCACCAGUGCUCGCAAACGGCCUAUCCCGUACUACAGGCCUAGCCCCUCAUCUUCCAGCAGUGUCAGCAGCUAUUCCUCCUGGUACAGCAGCAGGAGCCGGAGCAGGAGUCGGAGCAGAAGCUGGAGCAGGAGCUGGAGCCGCAGCCAAAGCUAUUCCAGUAGGAGCCGGAGUCGCAGUCCCAGCCGGAGUCGGAGCCCGAGCCGGAGUCGGAGUCGGAGCCGGAGCCGGAGUUCAGCCGGACGGAGCAGCAGCCGCAGUAGGAGCAAGAGCUAUGAUUCCGCAGGUAGCUACGAGAGCCUGCGACGCUGAACAUUCUCCCCGGCAUCACAUUUCCCUGCUCCCUCCCACCUCCAGCACUACAUUCCCCUAGCACCGCCAUCCCUCCCUGCUGCCUACUUGCAGAUUGACCUCUUUGUUAUUUUGGUUUCCCACUGUUUAAGUGACGUGUGGACUCUGGUGUGUGCGAAUGUGUCACAGCAGCACAUGUGAAACAGCCAGACCGAUUCACAUUUCUCCUUGUCCAUCCCUUACUUUUUUGUGAAAAAAAAACUUAUGCCAAGUUUGAUCAAAUAACUUGAAGUAAUCUCUCCAUCAUGUUUUGGUCUGAUUGUUACAAAGGGCUGUGUAGAUCCCAACACAGAGUCAGUUCACAGUGCCAAUUGUAGCAGUUCGACAUGAACGUUGUAACGUCUCAGCAGGUGCACUGGAGCUAUUUUCAGAGGAAGCUUAGGCCCUGGCACACAGCGAUGAUGAGUAAGGUUAUAUGUGAGAACAGCUGACACUGGUUCCCUCCCACCAUCGUUCCCACCAGCUUCUCCCCAAUCCCCCUCACCCUGAGAUAUACCAAGUACACCCAUUUCUCUUGAAUUCAGUGUCUGUUGAUUGCAAACUCACCAUUAUAGAUCUACUACAGUGCAUUGAAACAUUGCACACUGUGCCACCUUGCUGGCUGCAUUUGGCAGCAGGAUGCUGUUACAAUUCCACACCCAAGCAGAAAACAGCGCUAGUUGUUAAUUAACAGCUAUAAUUUCAAGUCCACUCACAGAAUGUGACAAGAUUCCAACAGACCGCAAAUCUGCAGAUAAUCAGUCUGAUCUGCUUCUCCUGUUUAAAAAUGAGCGUUUGCUGUCCGUGAAUCGAUUCUGGUCAGCCAGCAAGGCGGUGUUUUUUUUAAAAAAUCAAUUGUAACAAAUCUGGACAUAGAGUCCAUGUGCUGAAUAAUUAAAUAAUGCAAGGGAUGAAGGAAGGCUAGGGUUUUUGUUCCAUAUAUUCUUAAAAGUCCUCACCAGAACAUGUUCCUUCUGUAAACCUUGAAUUUUUCAGCCUUUUCUCUUUAUUAUUGGGGGAGUGACCUCAUUAGACCAAGACAAUGGCCCAUAGUUCAGCAAGCUGCCAAGAUUUAAAUGAAUUGGAUGAGAGAGGAGUAAAGCAGUAAACAAUGAGCAGGUGAUGCCAAGCUGUUUUUUACUAGCUGGUUGUCUAUAGGUGAAAAAGAAUUCUGAGGUAGUUAAAGAGUUCUUCAAUGUUGGGGAUCUGAGAAAGAUUGAGCUGGAGUCGGAGAUGAACCUUUACUUCACCCAAGUUAAAAGGAGAAAGACAUGUGACUGGGAUGAGAUAGCCACAACUAGUUAAUAUGUUUGGAUUCAGACUCUAUUGAAAGUAUUUUCAUUUCAUCUUUAACAUGUACUUUAGUAUUUUAAAAGGAAGGUAACAUAAACUGCACUCUAAUGCAUACUGGGCUUUGUACAAGAGUCACUCGAAGCGCAAAGGGUAUAAAACAUCAGGACAGUCUCAAACAAGAUCCCCUGGUCAAAUAAAUGUGCUCCAUAUAAGAUUCUAAUUGGCCUUCAGCUGGCUGCUGGACAAGGUAAGAGCAGAUCGCUCUGAUGUAGCCGUAAGUUAACAAUCGCACAACACCAGAUUA